CCAGGUGUCUAGUAUUGGCCUCACUUGUCAACAAGUCCGAAGCAGAAGCAGCAGCAGAAGAAAUUGAAACUGCCUGCAAUUGUGUCAAAAUUUGAGGAUUUCUGUUGUAUCCGACGAGAAUACUUUAGAGGCACGUGAACAACAUGGGAGAUGCACAGAACGAGCCAAAAAAGGAAGAAGGUGAAAAGAAAGUUCUCCACACUUAUGCUCUAGUUCGGUUUUGUGACAUGGUGGAGGAGAUGCGUACUGAAGCAAUGGAUCUUAGUGCAAAUGCAUGUGAAAAACACUCCACCAACAAUGAGUCUGCGGCAAGAAUGAUAAAGGAGAACAUGGACAAGAAAUUUGGUCCUUCUUGGCAUGCUAUUGUUGGUGAGGGAUAUGGAUUUGAAAUAUCAUAUGAAGUAAAACAUUUGAUGUACAUGUACUUUGGUGGGAAUUUAGCCAUAUGUGUCUGGAAGUGUUCCUGAAUCCAUCCACUUUCCUUGUCUGAGACCAAAAUUUUAAUCUUUUAUAUUCCAAAUCAAUAGUGAAGUAGUGAAAUUUUAUACCUUACUCUCUAGCUUCAUAAAAACAGACAACCUCCUUUCUGUGAUGAGUCCUUUUCCUUAAAUCUAGAGUUAUAAAGUGUAAAUAGGACUUCAGGUACACAAAAAAUUCUUGUUUUGCCCUUGAGAACCAAAGCUUUAGUCUUGCUUGUGCAUUAUGUACUAAGAAGUUAACAGUAUUAUGUCCUAGUUCCUAUUUGUUUUGUGUUCUAAAUAUUUAAGGGGUUAAUUCUGACUGGGGAGGAAUGUAUGGUGUUGCUAAAUCAUCCUGUUAUUACUUGUCCUUUUUGUUUUACCACAUUGAGUGGCAGUUAUUGUAAGGUUGUUAAGUAGGGGUUCACUUCUUUUAUUGUGUCUUCUUCUUAAAAGUAUGUGAUAGGAAGUUCCGUCCAAAUAUUUCUGUGUUAUUUGUCCUGUGUUUUUCAUGAUAAAGAAUUAUGAAAUGGACUCACAAAUCAUUUUUAUGACUGUUUGAAAAUUCAGAGUACUGAAUAAACCAAUCAAAUAUUUUUUGUCAUUCUAAAUGUUUGUGUAUUCAUGUGCUCAGAUUUUAUUUUAUACUUUUAUACUAAUGUUUUUUCUAUUGUUUUCAGUUACUGACUUUCUUCUAGUCUUCCUUUACUGCAAUCUUUAAUGAUUAUUUUUUAUAAAGAGCUAUUCAGCUUUUUUGAUAAGAUUAUAACCAAUCAGUAUUCAUAAUCAUAUCCUGUCCCAAAUUAUCAUUAAUAAGUUUUUCUUAUCUGUA